AAUUGCACCGCACAGUUCCUAGAACCCAAACUCCCCAAAUCACCAAACCCUCCUACAUAUAUCGAUCAAAUCUAUUUCCGUGUCAUGCCUUCUCAAACAACUAUUUAACCCCGCUGAUAAAAUCUCUUCCUUCUUCUUCUCUUUCGUUCUAAUUCACUCAGCCAGAGACAUAAUCACCAUCAGAAGAGAAGAACAAACAAAAAGUAAAAUAAAAAUCAAUCUUCAAACCUAUUUCCCUAUUCGCGAAACCCUAAUUUCUUCUUUCUAUUGCUCCAACUUAUGGGGAUUCCGCUACUCUUGAAUAUCUGGCUUUGGUGAUUCUAAAUCUCAGUUCAACUCAACGUAGUCUUUUUGUUUUUCUCCAUUGUUUUGUUCGGCUAUCGAUUUAAGAUGAGCCUUCCGCCUAUAGAAUGUAAAUUCAUCACAGAAGAGUGUCUUCGCGAAUGGAAGAAUGGAAACACUAACUUUAUGCUACCAGACUCGGUGCCGAUGCUUCGAUUUCUAUAUGAGCUUUGUUGGACUAUGGUCUAUGGAGACUUGCCUUUUCAGAAGUGUAAAGUAGCAUUAGAUUCGGUUGAAUUUUCCGACAAGACAACAAAUGAAGAGAUAAGUUCAGUUUUUGCAGAUAUUGUGACUCAGAUGUCUCAAGAUCUUACAAUGCCUGGGGAGAACCGUGCGCGUCUUAUUACAGUGGCCAAGUGGCUGGUGGAGUCUGCGUUGGUUCCAUUGAGGCUUUUCCAGGAGCGUUGUGAGGAAGAAUUCCUCCGGGAAUCUGAAAUGAUCAAGAUAAAGGCACCAGAUCUGAAGGCCAAGGAGGUUAGAGUAAACACACGGCUUCUUUACCAGCAAACAAAAUUCAACCUUCUUCGGGAGGAGAGCGAGGGGUAUGCAAAACUGGUAACCCUUCUUUGUCAAAGUGGUGCCGAGGCUUUAUCACAGAAUGCAUCGGGAGCAACUAUCAGCACAAUUAAGUCAUUAAUUGGACAUUUUGAUCUCGAUCCAAAUCGCGUGUUCGAUAUCGUACUGGAGUGCUUUGAACUACAGCCGGACAAUCACCUUUUCUUAGACUUGAUACCUAUAUUUCCCAAGUCCCAUGCUUCUCAAAUAUUGGGGUUCAAGUUUCAGUAUUAUCAACGUAUGGAUGUGAUGAGCCCUGUUCCAUCGGGGCUUUAUCAGCUUGCAGCUGCGCUUGUUAAAGCAGACUUCAUUAAUCUUGAUAGCAUAUAUUCGCACUUACUUCCUAAGGACGAAGAUGCUUUUGAACUCUAUGACUCGUUCUCAGCAAAGCGUUUUGAUGAGGCUCACAAAAUUGGCAAAAUAAAUCUGGCUGCUACUGGUAAGGACCUGAUGGAGGAUGAGAAGCAAGGUGAUGUAACAGUAGAUCUUUAUACUGCCUUGGAUAUGGAAAGCUCUGCUGUUGAAGAACGUUCCCCUGAGCUUGUAAAUAAUCAGAGUUUGGGCCUGCUUAAUGGAUUUCUUUCUGUAGAUGACUGGUAUCAUGCACACAUCCUAUUUGAUCGUCUCUCCCCUCUCAAUCCUGUGGCACAUGAUCAGAUCUGUAAGGGCUUGUUUAGGAUUAUUGAAAAAUCAAUCUCGUCCGCCUAUGCUGCUGUCCGCCAAACAGAUCAUCAAAAUCUCGUCACCUCCUCUGCUUCUGGUUACGAUUUCUCAGAAGCUACAGAUGGAACAACGCCAAAGACAUCAUUUAUUCAUCUUCCCAAGGAGCUAUUUCAGAUGCUUGCUUCUGCUGGACCUUAUCUUUACCGUAACACUCUACUGCUACAAAAGGUUUGUAGAGUAUUGAGGGGCUAUUACCUAUCCGCAUUGGAACUAGUGAAUUGCAGUGGAGGACCAGUUUCUCUUGCAUCUACGACUGCUGGGAUUAGAGAUCCUAAUCAGCACUUACGAGUUGCUAAAGCAAAAGUUGAGGAUGCUCUUGGUACAUGCAUACUUCCUUCAUUGCAGUUAAUACCCGCAAAUCCUGCAGUGGGCCAGGAAAUAUGGGAAUUAAUGUGUCUUCUGCCGUAUGAGGCGCGUUAUCAUUUGUAUGGUGAAUGGGAAAAAGAAAAUGAGCGCAUUCCAAUGGUUUUGGCUGCAAGACAAACGGCAAAGUUGGAUACACGGAGAAUCUUGAAACGGCUUGCGAAAGAAAAUCUCAAGCAACUAGGUCGAAUGGUGGCAAAACUUGCUCACGCCAAUCCUAUGACUGUAUUGCGGACGAUUGUUCAUCAGAUUGAGGCAUAUAGGGAUAUGAUCGCACCUGUUGUAGAUGCUUUCAAGUACUUGACACAGCUGGAAUACGAUAUUUUGGAGUAUGUAGUAAUUGAAAGGUUGGCACAAGGUGGGCGCGAUAAACUAAAAGAUGAUGGUGUUAAUUUGUGCGAUUGGCUUCAGUCUUUGGCUUCCUUUUGGGGACAUUUGUGUAAGAAGUACCCUUCAAUGGAAUUAAGGGGUCUUUUCCAGUACCUUGUUAAUCAGCUGAAAAAGGGGAAGGGAAUUGAGCUUGUCCUCUUGCAGGAGCUUAUCCAGCAAAUGGCAAAUGUUCAGUAUACAGAGAAUAUGACCGAGGAACAACUGGAUGCAAUGGCAGGGAGCGAAACACUACGCUAUCAAGCUACUGCAUUCGGAAUGACCAGAAACAAUAAGGCAUUGGUUAGAUCUACCAACAGGCUAAGGGACUCGCUGCUUCCAAAGGAUGAACCUAAGUUGGCACUUCCGCUUUUGUUGCUCAUAGCGCAGCAUCGUGCUCUGGUUGUCAUAAAUGCAGAUGCACCAUACAUUAAGAUGGUCAGUGAGCAGUUUGAUAGGUGUCAUGGGACUCUUUUGCAGUAUGUGGAGUUUCUGAACAGUGCUCUAACUCCAACUACUGCCUAUGCUCAACUGAUACCUCCGCUAGAAGAUCUUGUACACAAAUACCACCUUGACCCAGAGGUGGCGUUCUUGAUAUAUCGUCCUGUCAUGAGGCUGUUUAAGUGUGCAAGUGGCUCUGAUCCUGAUGUAUUCUGGCCGUGUAAUAAUAUCAAAGAGACAAGUAUGUCAAACACGCAGUCUGAAUCUUCAAUCCCAACUACUGAACUGGUUGUGGAUCUUGGUUACGCGCGCAAGCCUAUCAUGUGGUCAGAGCUUCUUGAUACAGUCAAAGAAGUGUUGCCUUCGAAAGCAUGGAAUAGCUUAUCUCCCGAUCUAUAUGCCACAUUUUGGGGACUCACACUUUAUGAUCUAUAUGUUCCUAAAAGUCGUUAUGAUUCUGAAAUCGCCAAACAACAUGCCGCUCUUAAAGCAUUAGAAGAACUUUCAGACAACUCUAGUUCGGCUAUUACCAAAAGGAAAAAGGAUAAGGAACGCAUUCAAGAGUUGCUAGAUCGUUUGACUUAUGAACUCCGCAAGCAUGAGGAAAAUGCCGCAUCUGUGCGCCAGCGGCUUGCCCGGGAAAAAGACAAGUGGCUCAGCUCCUGUCCUGAUACUCUGAAAAUUAAUAUGGAAUUUCUUCAGCGCUGUAUUUUUCCUCGAUGCAUUUUCAGCAUGCCAGACGCUGUUUACUGUGCCCAGUUUGUGCGCACUCUACAUUCUCUUGGCACCCCAUUUUUUAACACUGUUAAUCAUAUUGAUGUCCUAAUAUGCAAGACCUUACAACCAAUGAUCUGCUGUUGCACCGAAUACGAAGCUGGCAGACUUGGAAGGUUUUUGUUUGAGACUUUAGAGAUGGCUUAUCAUUGGAAGAAGAAGGAGUCAACAUAUGAACGUGAGUGUGGAAAUAUGCCAGGGUUUGCCGUCUACUACAGAUACCCAAACAGCCAACGCGUCACAUAUGGCCAGUUCGUCAGAGUACACUGGAAAUGGAGCUGUAGAAUAACUCGAUUGCUGAUACAGUGCCUGGAAUCAAAUGAGUACAUGGAAAUUCGAAAUGCUCUUAUUAUGUUGACGAAAAUUUCAAGUGUUUUCCCAGUUACUCGAAAAAGUGGGAUUAAUCUUGAAAAGCGGGUAGCUAAAAUUAAAGGGGAUGAGAGAGAGGACCUCAAGGUAUUGGCUACAGGUGUUGCUGCAGCUUUGGCUUCACGAAAGAGUUUGUGGGUUACCGAUGAAGAGUUCUGUAUGGGUUAUGUUGAUCUAAAACCUGCAGCUGUAACAGCUUCAAAACCGUUAGGUGUUACAGUACCAAAUGGUUCUUCUCUUAAAGCUCCUCAAAUGGAGUCUGCUGUAAUGAAGAAUAGCACGAUUGCAGGCCAACUUAAUGAUUCUGGAAAUCUGAAUAAGGACCCAACCUUGAGGGCAAGACCUCUAGAUGGGAGACUGGACAGAACAGAAAGCAUUACAGUACCAAAAUCUGAUCCAGAGCAACCAAAGCUAAAAGGUGGCUCACUAACAAAUGGCCUGGAGAUACAAUGUGUGUCCACCGUUGCAGUACCAUCUGGGAUGAUCCAGAAGCAUACAGAUGAUCCUACAAAAGGCCAAUGUGAUGAGACCAUGGCUAAAGUUGCUCAAAAGACCGGGGACUCUGAGCUGAAGGCUACAACCAAAAGAUCAAUUGGUGCUCCUCUUACAAAACAGUCUAAACAUGACGGAAUUAAGGACGAAAAUAAAUCUGUUAAACCUGUCACUAGACAUGCUAGUCCUCUUGUAACAUCAUCCAGUGAAAGAGAUCUCCCUGCGUAUCCUGCGGAUGGUAGGCAAAGUGCACCCUCUUCCACUGCUACAACAAAUGGUAACACAGUGCCGCUGUCCUCUAAAGUUUCAAAAGCGGAAGGUGGUGCUACUAGGCCCUCUGAACCUAGGGUUUCAGCUGGAAAAGAAAUAGAUGAUGUCGAAGCUUCUAAAACUGCAAAUUUGUCGUCCUUUCCAGAAGAUUCUCUGACUGCUUCAAAGUCUAUGGACAAGCAGCAAAAGAGGGCCAUUCCAUCUGAAGAAUUGGAUAGGCUGAGCAAAAGAAGGAAAGACAAUAAUGUAAGAGAUGGAGAUGGUGAAGGUCGAUUUUCUGAUCGAGAUAGGUCUAUGGAUGCACGGUUCCCUCAUGCUGAUGUGGACAAAACUGGAAUAGAUGAUCAGGGUCUCAGUAGAGCCACUGAGAAGCUUUUAGACAGAUCGAAAGAAAAGGGCAGUGAGAGGUAUGACAGAGACCACAGAGAAAGAUUGGAACGACCUGAUAAGUCAAUUGGGGAUGAAGUUCUCAGUGAAAGGCCUAGGGAUAGGUCGAUGGAAAGACAUGGAAGAGAACGUUCAAUUGAAAGAGCCCAUGAUAGGAAUUUUGACAGAGUUGAAAAACUAAAGGAUGAUAGGUAUAAGGAUGAUAGGAGUAAACUUCGUUACAGUGAGGCGCCUUUAGAAAAAUCCCAUAUCGAUGACCGUGACCGUUUUAACAGACAAAGCUUGCCUCCACCGCCGCCUCUGCCUUCCCAUAUGGUUCCCCAAUCAGUUAGCGGCAGUCGGAGAGAUGAAGAUGCCGAUAGAAGGGUCAGUAAUACCAGACACAUGCAAAGGCUCUCCCCUAGACACGAAGAAAAAGACCGUAGACGGUCGGAGGAGAUUUCUUUAGCUUCGGAUGAUGCAAAACGAAGAAGAGAAGAGGACUUCCGUGAAAGAAAGCGUGAUGAGCGAGAUGGCUCAGCAAUAAAGGUGGAGGAGAGAGAAAAAGUAAACAUUGCGAAGGAUGACUUGGACACAAAUGCAGCAUCGAAGAGGAGGAAACUUAAGCGAGACCAUCUAUCAUCUUCUGACGUCAGUGAGUAUCCAAUGGGAGUGCAACCCCUCCCUUCCGCUUCUGUUAGUGUGUCACAGUCAUUGUACGAUGGGAGGGAACGGGCAGAACGGAAAGUUUCAGCGAUCCAACGAGCAGGUUUCCUUGAGGAACCUUCGCCGAGAAUGCAUGGUAAAGAGGCUGCCAACAAGAUAACCCGUCGUGAUAGUGAACAACUUUAUGACAGAGAAUGGGACGACGACAAGAGGCUGAGACCAGAACAGAAACGAAGGCAUCGGAAAUAGUUAUGUUAUUCAUGGUAUCUAUUGUUCAACUGCAGGAGUGAUAACAGAUUUACUUCAGUUUUUUGCCUUCUGAUCUAUCAGUGUAUCAUUUGUAUCCGGAUAUUUUUCUGUAUAUAUCCAGAUUUUUGAUGUUCUUUGUACAGGAUAUAUCAUAUUAGGCUAGGCAUGUUUCGCCCUCGCAUACAAUUAAUUUUGUGGCCAUGUUACCCAGAAAUCUGGCCCUUAUGACAGAUUUGAUGGGAUCCCAGCUUUAACUCCUGCACCACUUGGAAAUUUAUUGAAAUAAGUGUAAAGAUCUUGAAGGAAAAGAAACAAAAAAGAAAGAGCACGCCGGAGUUCUUUUCCGACUUGAUAAUUUGUUGCUGGCC